CCUUGAAGUUAAAUUUGUUGUAUUAGCACAGACGAUACUUUAGUCGCCGUUUAAACGUGCAAUAUUUGUGAAUCAAUAUGUUAGGAAUACGUUUAACUAAACUAAAAGGAUUUAUCCUGGUAAUUGCAGUGCUAUAUUUUAUCGUCACAAUGAAGAUCGCUUUUUUCCAUGGAAAUCACACAUCAGCUGUCAAUAUUGUGUUUGUAAAGAAAAACAACUCAUGUAAUCAACCAUGUGUAAACCCCGUCUCAAAAAAACAAUCAUAUGCAGAAAAUAUGUUGAACAAAGAUCGGCGUGUAUUAAAAGCGGAAUCAUUGGAGGCUAUUACUGUUUUAAAUAAAAACCAAUGUAAAAAUAGAAACUUCCUUGUUUACCGGUGCGAUUCUUCUUUUGCUUGUGGCGGCUGGGCUGAUCGGCAGAAGGGCAUAGUGUCAUCUUUUCUUAUGGCUCGUUUGACAAAGCGUGUGUUUGUGAUCGAUAUGGUACAGCCUUGCAACCUAGAUCAGUUUAUACUGCCUAACAUAUACGACUGGUCAAUAUGUAAAUCUUAUAUCAAAUCUGUUCCUCAUAACUUAACAAGAACAUUUAAUCACAUUGAAGACUACAAAUUUGCAAAAGUUGUUGAGCAUUUUGACUUUCAAAGAAUUUGGACAAAGCAUGUAAUUUUCAUACGAUUUCAUACACAUGUGAUCGAUGGAUUAAAAAAUCACACCCUGGCUAAAUCAAGAUUAAAAUGGCUUUUGAACAUGACUAACGAAGAGGCCAUACAUUUAGUACUUAAUACAUUAUUCAAGCCAAAUGAAUGGAUUUUAAAUGAUACAAUUGAAUUUUAUACUAAUCGAAUUAGAAUGAAAAAAUUAGUUUGUUGUCACAUCCGCACAGGUAAAAAUCCAAACAUGCCCACAGACCUAACCCCGCGUUUCGGACGUCCUAAUGAAACGGUGCUAUUUGACUUUUUGAAAAAAUAUGACAACAACUGGGAUUAUUUCAUUUAUGUGGCUUCAGAUUCGGACAAAGUGAAACAAAGUGCUCAAAAUAACCUCACUUCUUACGUCAACAUAAACCGACCUAUAGUUCACGUUGACAGACUCGGACCAUUUGGAAAGUUAAAAGAAGAAGCAUGCAAAGGACUGUAUACAGUUAUUUUGGAGCAAUUUAUUCUAUCACUAUGUGACGAAAUUAUCCUAACAAGGAGUGGAUUUGGUGUUAUGGCCGCCUAUAUGAGAGGCGACACUAAAGGUCUUUUCAUGUAUCAUCCGAUAGAGAAGCGAAUUGUUGCUACUAACCUUACAAAUAUUCAAAAAGUUUUCGCUUUUUUGUAACACACGUGACUCGAACCCGGGACCCUCGGAAUACCGUUCUGCGGCUCUACCGACUGAGCUAUCCGGCCGCUUACACAUCUUCUCCCCUGUUAAGUAAACAGUUCUGAACCGUGACAUACUCUCCUGCUAUAUUGAAAUUCGUCCUCGAAUUUCACAGAGUAAUAGAGCAAUGUGAAUUAAACUCUGAGCUAUAUCAGUCACGGUCCCCGUUGGGCGCCAAAUGUCACAGUCCACUCUAACGAUAUGGGAAAGGUGCUGCUAAGAGGUUCAGGGCUUGAGGGUUGCUAUAAAAUACAGUAAUACGUUCUCAGAAAAUAUUUAUUAUCAAUGAAUUUGAAGUCUGGCUCGCGCCAUGAAAAUCUUCAGUAGGAGUGCGCAUGCGUGAAGGUACUAAGUGAGGAAAUAGAAUAUUUAGGAUUGAGGUCCUUACCAAUGGUUACUACAUACUUGUUAAUAAAUGAAUUAAUGAAGAAAUGAAUGAAUGAGUAAAUGAAUAAAAUGAUUGAAUCUGAACAUCACGAUAUAAAUCUGCAGAAAAAAAACAAAAUGAAAAAUAUAAUUCCUUUCCAGUACAUGUACGCAUGCCCGUUAUAUUCUGAUCAAAAUACUGAACAUUUGUGCUCACAAACUACAUAACACAUAGCGUAAAAAUGUGUUCUUCUUUAUUUAGAGCCUUCAGAUAACAUAGUGUUCGCGAUGACGUGAGCAGUCUGAUAAAAAGAAUAAUGGCCGCCGUUCGCAAACAAUUAAUGCGGUAUAACCGUGAGAAAUACAUUAUAUUAUUAUUUCCUAUCAACUGUUCUAUCUAUAUAACGAACGAUUCUAAAAGCAAACUCUCUAAAUAUUUAUAAAUUCAUUGGUCAGCUUCCAUUAACUAAAUUAUUAUUUAUAUUCUUUGAAAUUAUCUCCCGCUUGCCGCGUACAGCACUUCCAGUGCUUCCAGUCCUUUGAUUUGAUUUUUUUAUGUGUAUUUAAGUAUAAUUAUUUGCACUAGAGCUUUUUAUAUUUGUGCAGUUUAUUGGAUGCAUGAAUGACAAAUUAUGAAUGUAGGUUACGGGGACAGAAAAUAUUAACCUACUUCUAAAUAUCCCGUAAACAUUUUAUAGUUUAACUAUAAAGAUCUGCCACGGAUCCGUGCUUCUAUGGGACGCAAUACCUUUGAUUUGCGUGAAUUAUAUAACUUAAAAAAUGUGUGUGUACAUUGUACAACUGUUUUGUAUAGGAUAUUGGCCGACUGUGAAGUACAAAGGACCAGUGUUAACGUGGUGAUUUUAGAUGAAGUCUAUACAAUUACAACUGUAUAACAUUUCAAUUAAAGCAGCAUGUCUAAAAAUUCAUGCUUAUUUUCCUAAAAAAAAACUAAAAUGUAUUGAAAAGUAUAAUAUUUUGAAGUGAAUAAAGAACGUUGUUUAAACAUUGCAACAGACUUCACUUACAAUCCACGUUAAUUGUCCAAAACGUGCAAAAAAAUAACCCUUAUUGCGUUAGUCACGCAGUAGAAAUAUAGUGAUAAAAUGAUGCAAAAUUAGCACAAAGCAUGCAAAUUAUUACUUGAAUUUUGAUUUUUUUACUUUUAAUAAAAGUCUUUUCAAGUU